AUGGACGACCCGGCCCACUAUAAACGACAACGCGAGCUGAGAGCGGGCAUUGGCGUGUCCAACCCCAAAACAGGCAACUUUCAAUUCUACGGCCCGUCGUCCGGGUUCUGCUUUCUCCAGCGUGUCUACCAACGCAUCAUGCAGUCCACCCCGAAUGAAUCGCUGCUGCACCGGCGCAGCUGCUCCAUCCCCGACGCCCUGCAGAAAUGGGGUAUAGAGCGCUUCAUGUUUGCCGCCGACGCAGGGCCCGGCGAUCCGCCCCAUGCCUCGUGGCCGGCCGAGGCCUUUCUCCCCCGCGCCCUGGGCGACCGCUUCAUCGAUGCCUACUUCAAAAUCAUGCACCCGCAGAUGCCCGUGCUCGUCCACGCGGAGAUCCUCGAGUCCUGGGCCCAGAUGUGGGAGACGCCCGUGCGCGGCCAGCCCAUCAAGAACAAGGAGAUCCUCUUCAUGGUGCUCGCCAUCGGAUCGCGCGUCGUCAACCUCAAAGGCAAGCAGCCCGAGGCCCGCGUCGAGGGAUGGGCCGAGUACUUUUCCAGUCGGGCGUCCGAGGGGCCGAUCUUCCUGCAGGAACCGAGUGUAAAGGGGAUGCACUUGAUGCUGCUUAAAGCAAUGUACUCCCUACAACUCAUGCGCCAAAACGACGCCUAUCUUUACCUCGGCCACGCCACGCGCACCGCCAUGGUGCUGGGCCUGCAUCGCUCGCAGGUCACCGACGGCCGCGAGCCGCACAUGCACCGCCUGCGCCUCACCUUCUGGAUCGUCUUCGUUUUCGAGCGCAUCUCGUCCGUGUACAUGGGGCGGCCGUCCGCGCUGUCCGAGAACCAGAUCGACACCGCGUACCCGGAAGACCUCGCCUACCCCAGCGGCGGCGACAGCUACCACGCGCCGUCCAUCGAAUGCGCCUGGGUGCGCGCCAUGGCGGACAUCGCCAAGCUGGCCGACCGCGUCUCCAUCGACAUCUACUCGCCCGCCAGCAUCAGGAGCCUCGCCGACAUGGCCCGCUGCCACCAGACCAGCAUCGAGUGCGACGCCGCCCUGCAGACCAUCACCCGCGCCCUACCACCCUACCUGCACUUCUUCGACGAGGCCGUCCCCGUCGGCGACGACUGGCAGGAGAUCCAGCGCCUCAGCCUGGGCUUCAGCUACUACGUCGUGCGCAUGCUGCUCUAUCGCCCGGCGCUCGUGAUGACCACCUUCUUCGCCUCCACCGCCGAGGCCCAGCAGAGCGCCGAGGGGUGCAUCGACCUGCGCGCGUGCAUCGACGCCUCGACCUCCGCCGCCCGCAACCUCGUCAACCUCGCGUACGACGUCUACUUCCGCCGCUUCCCGGAUAUCCGCUACGACGGCGCCCUCGCCUCGUUCAUCGUCUCCUCCUGCAUGACCCUGCUGUACGACGUGCUGAAUCUCGGCAGCGACCCCGACCGCGCCCGCCAGACCUUCGCCGUCGUCGAGCGCGGCAUCCGCUGUCUCGACGAGAUCGAGCACGUCGGCUACACCACCGGCAAGGCCAUGAGCGUCGACCUGAUGAAGGUCGCCAAGCAGGCCGUGCUGGCGGCCGAUCCGGUCGUCGACACGAAUCAGGCUUUGGUUGAUUCGUUCCCGUGGCUAGAUAACUGGCCCCGCACCGAGACAGCCUCUCUCCCCGCGUCGUACGCCCUCCCCGACGCCGCGCUGGCGGGCAUCGGCACGCUGGCCGGCGACACGGCCCUGCUAACGGGGUCCGAGGUAAACUACCACUGGCUGGGGAAUGGGUUUGAUCCAAGCACGAUACCGGGGUGUUUAUACUAG